GAACAGGCAGCUGAAAACUCUCCUGGCUAUUGGUGGCUGGAACUUUGGAUCUGCCCCUUUCACUGCCAUGGUCUCCACCCCUGAGAACCGCCAGACUUUCAUUAUCUCAGUCAUCAAAUUCCUACGCCAGUAUGGAUUUGAUGGGCUGGACCUGGACUGGGAGUACCCUGGUUCUCGUGGGAGCCCUCCUGAGGACAAGCAUCUCUUUACUGUCCUGGUGCAGGAAAUUCGUGAAGCUUUUGAGCAGGAGGUCACUAAGAACAAGCCAAGGUUGAUGGUUACUGCAGCAGUAGCUGCUGGUAUUUCCAACAUCCAGGCUGGUUAUGAGAUCCCCCAACUAGCCCAGUACCUGGACUUCUUCCAUGUCAUGACCUAUGACUUCCAUGGCUCUUGGGAGGGCUACACUGGAGAGAACAGUCCCCUCUACAAAUUCCCAACUGACACUGGCAGCAAUGCCUAUCUCAAUGUGGACAAUGGGGCCCCAGCAGAGAAGCUCAUUGUUGGAUUCCCAGCUUAUGGACACACCUUCAUCCUGAGCAACCCCUCCAACACUGGAAUAGUAAUAGGAGCCCCUACCUCUGGUGCUGGCCCCGCUGGGCCCUAUACAAGGCAAUCUGGGCUCUGGGCAUACUAUGAGACUUGUACCUUCCUGAAAGGUGGAGCCACUCAGGCUUGGGACGCCCCUCAGGAAGUGCCCUAUGCCUAUCAGGGCAAUGAGUGGGUUGGCUAUGAUGACGUCAAGAGCUUCAAUAUCAAGGCUGAGUGGCUUAAGCAGAACAAGUUUGGAGGUGCCAUGAUCUGGGCCAUUGAUCUGGAUGACUUCACUGGCUCUUUCUGUGACCAGGGCACAUUCCCUCUGACUUCCACCCUGAAGAAAGCCCUUGAUGUGCACAGUACAGGUUGCACCGCCCCUGAUCUGCCUACUCAGCCAGGAACUUCUCCUCCAGAGAGUGGGGGUGGGAGUGAAGUCGGGGACAGCAGCUCUGGAGGAAGCUCUGGAGGCAAUGGAUUCUGUGCUGACAGAGCUGAUGGCCUCUACCCUGUGGAAGAUAAUAAAAAUGCCUUAUGGCAAUGUGUGAAUGGAAUCACACACCAGCAGCAUUGCCAGGCGGGACUUGUUUUUGACACCAGCUGUAACUGCUGCAACUGGGCAUGAACCUGACCUUGUCAGUCUUCCCUAGAGCUCUGCACUUUCCUUUGCUCCUUGUCAAAGGCAUUUUCUUUCUACCUAUUAUU